CUUAACUUUUUCUCAACUCUCCUCUCUUCCUUCCUUCUUCAUCGAACAUUCAUUUUCCAAACCACAAUCACAUAUACCCCCUUGGUUUGGACUUGAUUUCUUAGACAGACCGUUCAUUCACCCCGCCGUCAGUCUCCGUUCUUUCAACCCCGCCGUCUUUUUUUUCUUCACACACACAUACUCGUCACCAUGGCUCCCUCUUCUUCCAAGGAGAAGCGUCUCGCUAAGAAGGCUGCUGAGGGCAAGCUUAAGGGCAAGAAGGGUGCCAAGAAGAACGAAGAGCCCGAGCUCGAUGCCAACGGCAACCCCAUCCAGGACGAUGCCCCCGCGACUUCAGGCGAUAAGCUCGACGAGGUGAAGCGUCUUGCCGACCAGAUGGAUAAGCACGGUAUCUCUGACCGUGUCACCACCGGUGUCCUCGCUUCUACCCAGACCAGCAAGGAUGUCAAGAUCACAAGUACUUCCCUGGUCUUCCACGGCCGAGUCCUCAUCACCGAUUCCACUCUCGAGCUCUCGUACGGUCGACGAUACGGCCUCCUCGGCGAGAACGGUUGCGGAAAGUCCACUUUCCUCAAGGCCAUCGCUGCUCGCGAGUACCCCAUCCCUGAGCAUCUCGACAUCUACCUUCUUAACGAGGGUGCUCCUCCCAGUGACUUGGGUGCCCUUGAGUGGGUUGUCCGAGAGGCUGAGCUGGAGCUUGAGCGUCUCGACCACCAGGCUGAGAAGCUCCUAGAGGAGGAGGGCCCUGAGAGCCCUGUUCUCCUCGAUCUCUACGAGCACAUGGACAAGCUUGACCCCUCAACCUUUGCCACCCGCGCUUCCCUGAUCCUCACAGGUCUGGGUUUCAACAAGAAGACCAUCCACAAGAAGACCAAGGACAUGUCCGGUGGUUGGCGUAUGCGAGUCGCCCUUGCCAAGGCCCUCUUCGUCAAGCCCUCCGUUCUGCUUCUCGAUGACCCCACUGCCCAUUUGGAUUUGGAGGCUUGUGUGUGGCUCGAGGAGUACCUCAAGAAGUGGGAGCGAACCCUGGUUCUCGUCUCCCACUCUAUGGAUUUCCUCAACGGUGUCUGCUCCAGCAUGAUCGACAUGCGCGGCAAGCAGCUCAUCUACUACGGUGGUAACUACGACUCGUACAGCAAGACGCGAUCCGAGAACGAGACCAACCAGAUGAAGGCCUACCAGAAGCAGCAGGAUGAAAUUGUCCACAUCAAGAAGUUCAUUGCUAGCGCUGGUACCUACGCCAACUUGGUGCGACAGGCCAAGUCCCGACAGAAGAUUCUUGACAAGAUGGAGGCCGAUGGUUUCAUCCAGCCCGUCGAGCAGGACCGUGUCUUCUCUUUCCGUUUUGCCGAUGUUGACAAGCUCCCUCCUCCCGUCCUGUCUUUUGACAACGUUACCUUCUCCUACUCUGGCAACCCCGAGGAUGACCUGUACCGCAACCUUGACCUCGGUUUCGAUAUGGACUCCCGAACUGCCCUUGUCGGACCCAACGGUGUCGGCAAGUCUACUCUGCUCCGUCUCAUGACCGGCAAGCUUUCCCCUACUGGUGGUGUUGUCACCCGACACACCCACUUGAAGCUCGGUCUCUACUCCCAGCACAGUGCUGAGCAGCUUGACUUGACAAAGUCGGCUCUCGACUUCGUCCGUGACAAGUACAGCUCCAAGUCUCAGGACUACCAGUACUGGCGUCAGCAGCUCGGCAAGUACGGUCUCAGUGGUGAUUCCCAGACUGCCCUGAUGGGUACUCUGUCUGAAGGUCAGAAGAGUCGUAUCGUUUUCGCUCUGCUUGCCAUUGAGAGCCCCAACAUGUUGCUUCUUGACGAGCCUACCAACGGUCUGGAUAUUCCUACCAUUGACAGUUUGGCAGACGCUAUCAACGCUUUCAGUGGAGGUGUUAUUGUCGUCUCCCACGACUUCAGAUUGCUCGACAAGAUCGCCAAGCAGAUUCUUGUUUGCGAGAACCAAACUAUCCGAACAUGGGACGGUCCUAUCUCGGAAUACAAGAACUACCUCCGAAAGAAGAUGAUCAACGCUGGUGCCGUCUAAGGCAACAACAAAAGUGUUUUACGACAAUGUUUUGAUUUUUUUUUUUUUGGCACGAAUGCAUGAAAGGAAAUUAACUAUAGAGGAUAUUUGAUCCACAAAAAGUUGAUGAGUGCCAUUGGCAUCAUGUGGGUAUUUUCAUGGGAUAUGAGCGGCGGGUGGCUAGACCAUCAGGAUAUGGAUACUUGAUACCAACCUCACGAUGGGAAAUGAAACGGCCACGACGACGCUACAGGACGCAUGGGCAUGGCCUCAGUAGAGAGGCCCGGAAGCGUUCAUGAAGAUGUGGAAAUGUUCACGAUAGAUUUUCUUUUUUUCUUUGGGUCGGCUCUUGAAGCCUUUAGUAGUACGAAUAAAUGGUAUUCCCAU